AUGGGUCGGUCUUGUUCUCCUCGCCGGCUCGUUCUCUUUUCAAUUGUAGGAAGGGGGCAUCCGGGUCUCCCGCCGCCGAUCAUCGACACUAUCCCCGCCGCUCUGUUUCCGUUCGGUGAUGCGUCUCCCUCCCUUCCCUGGCAAUUUUUUCAGUGGUUUCGAAUUGUCUCGGUCGCCAUUUUCCGGCGACUUGUCUUCGCCCUUCCAGCGUUUUGGCUGCCUAUGGGCUUGGAUUGCCGCAGUUGCGAUCCCCAGUCUUCCAAGCUUCAUCUUCUGGCGUAG